UAGCAAACCUCUCCUCUCCCAGCGGUGAAGUCCACUGCCGGGAAUAGCGCAACAAAGAAGCAUGAAAGCUCUCGGCUACGGCGAGCUCCUCAAGAGCCCGCUUUUCUUUAGGAUCUCCGUCAUCGCCGUCGCCUGCGUCGCCUUCUUCUACAUCGGCAAGCACUGGUCCGACGGCUAUCCCCAGCUCGUGUUCUACACCAACACCGAUGGCAGCGCUCGCCGCCCUUCCGCCCCCUUCGUCGCCGUCUCCCCCAACAGCAACCUCACCGUCGACCUUGCCGCUCUCAUCUCCGCUGCCCAGACCGCCCCGCCUCAUGCGACUCCGGCCGCUGCUCUCGCCUCCACUCCUCCCCCGCCUCAUGCGACUCCGGCCGCUGCUCUCGCCUCCCCUCCUCCCCCGCCUCCUCCUCCUCCUCCACCGCCGCCGCCACCGCCGCCGGAGAGGUUUGGGAUCGUGGACGAGAACGGGGCUAUGAGGGACGACUUCGAGAUCGGGGAGUUCGAUCCGGAUCUGGUGGCGAGCUGGGACGAUGGGGCGGCUAGGAACGAGAUGAGCGAGGGAAGUGGCGGAGCUAGGGUUAGGGUCAAGAAGUUCCGUCUAUGUCCGGCUACCAUGAGGGAGUACAUUCCUUGCGUGGAUAACGAGGAGGCGAUCAAGAAGCUGAAGUCGAUCGAGAGAGGGGAGAAGUUUGAGCGGCAUUGUCCUGAGAAGGAGAAGGGUUUGAAUUGUUUGGUUCCGGCGCCCAGGGACUACAAGACUCCAAUUCCGUGGCCAAGAAGCAGAGACGAGGUAUGGUAUAGCAAUGUACCACAUACACGCUUGGUUGAAGAUAAAGGAGGGCAAAAUUGGAUUACAAGGGUUAAAGAUAAAUUCAGAUUUCCGGGUGGUGGAACCCAGUUUAUACAUGGAGCAAAUCAAUAUUUGGAUCAAAUUUCCAAGAUGAUUCCAGAUAUUGCAUUUGGUUACCAUACAAGAGUUGCCCUUGAUGUUGGAUGUGGCGUGGCAAGUUUUGGUGCAUUUCUACUUUCACGAAAUGUGAUUACCUUGUCAGUAGCCCCAAAAGAUGUUCAUGAAAAUCAGAUACAAUUUGCUCUUGAACGUGGUGUACCUGCAAUGGUAGCAGCUUUUGCGACACGUCGGCUGUUGUAUCCAAGUCAGGCAUUUGAUCUAAUACACUGUUCAAGAUGUCGAAUAAAUUGGACCCGUGAUGAUGGAAUCUUGCUUCUUGAGGUUAACAGAAUGCUCAGAGCUGGAGGUUAUUUUGCCUGGGCCGCACAACCAGUUUAUAAACAUGAAGAGAGCCAACAAGAGGCAUGGAAAGAGAUGGAGGAUCUCACAGCUCGGAUUUGUUGGGAGCUUGUGAAGAAGGAGGGAUAUAUUGCUAUAUGGCGGAAGCCUUUAAACAAUGCAUGCUAUAACAAGCGAGAUUCUGGAAUUCAACCUCCACUAUGCAAUGCAGAGGAUAACCCAGAUAACGUUUGGUAUGUUAACUUAAAAGCAUGUAUCAGCCGACUUCCUGAUAGUGGCUAUGGAGCGAAUAUUCCACCAUGGCCUGCUCGCCUGCACGAGCCACCACAAAGGCUUCAAGCUGUUCAAAUGGAUGCUGAUAAAGCAAAAAAUGAACUCUUCAUGGCAGAAUCUAGGUUCUGGAAUGACAUCGUUGCAAGCUAUGUCCGUGCUUUCCACUGGAAAAAAUUAAAGUUGCGAAAUGUAAUGGACAUGAGAGCUGGAUUUGGGGGAUUUGCGUCCGCACUAAUCGAUCAACAGAUUGAUAGCUGGGUGAUGAAUGUUGUCCCUGUUAGUGAACCAAAUACAUUGCCUGUAAUAUACGAUCGUGGACUUAUAGGAGUGACCCAUGACUGGUGUGAACCAUUUGAUACAUAUCCAAGAACUUACGAUCUAUUGCAUGCAUUUAGCCUGUUCUCCAAAGAGCACAAAAGGUGUAAUAUAUCUGUCAUCUUGCUGGAGAUGGAUCGCAUACUAAGACCGGGUGGGCGUGCUUAUAUUCGAGAUUCAAAAUUCAUCAUUUUUGAUAUUCAAGAAAUCACAGAGGCCAUGGGGUGGAGAACUCAGCUGUGGGACACAGCUGAAGGCCCACAUGCAAGUAGGAAAAUAUUGAUGUGCCAGAAAAGGAUGUUGCGUUCUUAAUUUUCACGCAGCUUGCACUGAUAGCUCUAGGCCCGGACUGGGGCCUCACUGAGGAGAUCCACUCGGUAUGUGGGCUAACUGGAUGUAGAGGAUGCACCCUAUUGGCUUGGAGGGUUUGAUGUUGUUGUACAGCAAUUAUUAAUUAAUUUCUACUGGAUUACAAGUAUGAUCAUUAGCAGAUCUCUUUUGUUUGUUUCAUCACAUUCACAGUCUCAAUUAUAAUAAAUUGAGAUGAGUCCAUUGUAAGGGAUAAUUUUGAUGUAUAUUCGUUUUCAUUAGAGUGAAUUCCCUGCGGGUAUUUUGGCUUUUCUCAAUUUAUAUAUUCAAGAGCCAAGUUAA